CUAUUAGUCUUGCACUUUACUCCAAUGACGGGCUCGACUUACCCCCAGAAAAUGCGGACGAGCAGAAGGAUACGAUGAGAACCGAGUUCGCGACGGUAAGGGCCAUGAUCCACUUCUUCGUCUUCGCCCAUGUCAUAGGGUUCCUUGGGUCAUUGUCUAUCCAUUCGACGACAUACGGGUCAUCCUCUGUGCCCUCACCCUCGUACUCCCAGUUCACAAUAUCAUUUGUUACGACGCCUUGAUCCGUGAUCAGCUUCCAGUGUGAGAUACCCUCCUUCCCAGACUCGAUGUCCAUAGUGCUCUUCCCACCAGCUCCGGUCUCUUUCUCCAUGAUGUGUGUGUUAUAUCGGUUCGGUUCGCUGUGUUGAUGUUUGGAGAAUAGUUGAAUAUGAAGCGAGGCCCGAGGCCUAGGAUUAAAAUGAGUUAAUUAAGGGAGUGAUAAGAACAACAGGCAAGAAAGACGACUAUCACAACCAGGAGCGGGAACAUGUCAUAUAUAAAGCAACAUUCCGUCGGACUAAAACCCUGCACAAGCGCGGCGCCCAAUCUUCUGGAAAUCUCCUAUUUCCAUCGCAAACUAUGCGCCAUACCACGGAAGGGUCCGCAUGAGGAUGACACCAUGCUUUGGCCACACCAAAACUUCAGCAGCCUCGGCCGAAGCACACACGCUAUUCCCGAAAUGUGCCCAAGAACGCAAAAUCGUGCCCUCGGCGCCAAUCAAAGCACAGCCACGCCGCAUCUUUAUCGGGGCGCUCUCUGGAAAUUGUGGACCAGCGACACGAUGGCAAACAGAUCCGACUCCCGAGCUUGUCCUGCGACGAAAUCCACCGGUGUUACGGGCGGAGCAAGACUGCACAGCGGAGGGUCGGACGUCAGACAAACACCAGAAUUGGGGCAUGGGAGGGGUAACAUGGUGGUGAGUACGCGUGUCUAUAUGGAGAAGGCUGAUAAAUCAGCGUAUGAGCGCCUGGUUUUGACAGACUUAUGCGCCAACUGGAUACCGGACACGGAUUACUUGAAGUCCACAGUACCACGACAGCGCUAUACCGACUCGUACUGCCUGACGGACGGGUCAUCGAAGACGUGUCAGUUGCUCUUCUGGUGGUGGACACACAUCAUCACGACGAAUUCCGAACUCCAACGCCGACCAUAUGCACCCAUGACCUUUCUUCUUCAAGAACGCUGAUCCAUCCUAAUAAACCUCAACACUAUCAUGAUGUAGUUAUAUACGCUGUACUUACAUGUCUUCUCUAAUAGCAACUGCCGUACCCAUCAGCCAAAAACUCUUUCCGCAUCCUUGGCUCAGAUUAAGCCUCCGUUAGGCUCCGCCAGGUGUGCAAGCCACCAGCGGACGGGGCUCCCGAGAAAGUGGGUCCGCUGUGAUUUCAGGUGGAUUCUAGAAAAUGUCGUUGGGCCGUAAACGCGAGAUUGCCAUGCUCCGUGCUUUGGGGGAGCAAUGUUUGCCGAAGUCUAGACACUUGACAUUUACGAUCUGGUAGAUGGUGCACGGGCAUGUUCAGAGAGACUUGUUAGCAAAUAUCUCCCGGGCCAAACUCUCCUGUUUUGAAGA